GGGCCUACAGCUAUUGUUCAUGUCCUCCCGUGAACAAAGGGCUCAUCGGGGUCUGUAUGUAAACCCACAGCAGGCUUCAGCCCACUAACAAGGCCUCAUGCGGGACAAAACAUAGCCGACCGACUCCCGCAAUUUGGGCCGUAUUCCCUCUCAGUGUCGCGGUUUGAGCAGAUUUUUUUGUAUUGAUCUUGUUCAGAGGGACGUAUUGUGUUGGUACGUCGCGUCCAGCGGGCCUAUCCGUCUUUACGCACGGAGCGUACACACGGUCUAUCACCACGGAUCUGUAAACAUCAAUUUUCUGAUUGGACUUCUUUGCAGGCUGUUCCUCCAAGUCAUUCAAGCUGUACUCCCCCAAGGAGCCCCCCAACGGUAGCACUUUCCCCCCUUUCCACCCCGGCACCAUGCUGGACAGAGACGUGGGUCCCACCCCAAUGUAUCCUCCCACAUACCUGGAGCCAGGAAUAGGGAGGCACACACCAUAUGGCAACCAGACAGACUACAGAAUAUUUGAACUCAACAAACGGCUACAGAACUGGACAGAGGAGUGUGAUAACCUGUGGUGGGAUGCAUUUACUACAGAGUUCUUUGAAGAUGACGCCAUGUUGACUAUUACUUUCUGUCUGGAGGAUGGACCCAAACGUUACACAAUUGGCCGGACGUUGAUUCCAAGAUACUUCCGGAGUAUAUUUGAGGGCGGUGCCACCGAGCUCUACUAUGUGCUGAAACAUCCUAAGGAGUCCUUCCACAAUAACUUUGUCUCCCUCGACUGUGAUCAGUGCACCAUGGUCACCCAGAAUGGAAAGCCAAUGUUCACACAGGUGUGUGUAGAGGGGCGCUUGUACCUGGAAUUCAUGUUUGAUGACAUGAUGAGGAUAAAGACGUGGCACUUCAGCAUCAGACAACACCGUGAACUCAUCCCCCGCAGUAUACUGGCCAUGCAUGCCCAGGACCCACAGAUGCUGGACCAGCUGUCCAAAAACAUUACAAGAUGUGGCCUGUCGAACUCUACUCUUAACUACCUCCGACUCUGUGUUAUCCUGGAGCCCAUGCAGGAGCUGAUGUCCAGACACAAGACAUACAGCCUCAGCCCCAGAGACUGCCUCAAGACCUGCCUCUUCCAGAAAUGGCAGAGGAUGGUGGCACCACCAGCUGAACCAUCAAGACAGGCCCCAAACAAGCGGCGGAAGCGUAAGAUGUCAGGUGGCAGCACCAUUAGCGGAGGAGGAGGAACUAAUAACAACAACAACAACAAAAAGAAAAGCCCUGGCAGCGGCUUCCCUCUGUCCAGCCAAGUUCCAGAUGUGAUGGUAGUGGGAGAGCCCACAUUGAUGGGAGGGGAGUUCGGCGACGAGGACGAGCGUCUGAUCACGCGGCUGGAGAACACGCAGUUUGACGCGGCCAACGGCAUCGACGACGAGGACAGCUUCAACAACUCUCCGGCGCUGGGCUCCAACUCGCCCUGGAACAACAAGGCCCCCUCCAGCCAGGAGAGCAAGAGUGACAACCCCACCUCACAGGCAUCGCAGUAAAGCCCGGAGCCCCGCAACCUCAACACAAAAACCCCCCUCCCCCCCUCCCCGUCUCUGUCACUCCUCAGCCCCUCCACCACCCCCACCCAGCCAACCCUACCCCCCGACAGCCAUGGGUGCAACAGCAGCACCCCUCUUGCCCACUCGCUGACCAAGACAUCAUUUAGAGCUCAGAUUCAUCAAACACAGGUAGCCCGAGGGAGCUCAGUACGACCUCCUCUGACAGUCCCUCUGAGCCAGUUCCUCCCCUCAUGUUUAGGCACUGCGGUCCCACCUCUGCCCCCCCCCCCCCUUUACCUCAUACACAACACGACCCGUCUGCUCUUGCUAAUUUUCAGUUCGGACAGCUACUUGGUAAAUGCGACCAAGGAGGCGCGGGGAUUUAAUCCAGGGGAGAACUGUGCACUCUAAACAAACCGUACUGAACUCUAAAAACACCCUAAACAAACCAUACACCUGUAGGAAGGG